CCUUCGGCCUUCCGACGGGUGGUGCGGCGAUUUGUCAGUUUUUUUUUUCUUUUCUUUUUUCUCUCUCUUUUUUUCCCCGUGAGCUGGAGCGGGAGUCUUCAAGUUGGGGAGUCCAGGGGAGUGUUGAGGACUGAGAGAGACCGAGGUCGCUGUGCCCUUCUAGGCAAAGCGUCCGGUACGCCCUCGAGUCCGCGCUCGCUUGCUCGUUGGGUGGCCACGGUCCCCAAGUCCGCUGUCUUCAACAUGGGCGGCCGGUAGGAGGGGGUUUCGUUGGUUCGCUAGCAGCUGAGGAGGCAGCGGCCACUUUGGCAGUGACUGCUAUGGCGGUGGAGACGCGGCCGGAGCUGGUGGGGAAGCGGUUCCUGUGCGUGGCGGUCGGCGAAGAGGUGCGGCCGGAGCUCGGGGACAGCGGACGCUGCUGGCGGAGCUGGCGAGCGGGGGUCAUCCGAGCUGUGUCACAUAGGGACAGCCGCAAUCCAGACCUGGCGGUGUACGUGGAAUUUGACGAUCUUGAAUGGGAUAAACGAGAGUGGGUUAAAGUUUAUGAAGAUUUUUCAACCUUCUUGGUGGAAUACCACUUAAUCUGGGCCAGAAGGAACGACCCUAGACAGACUCAGGGAUCAAAGAGCAAACAGAUUCAGUGGCCUGCAUUGACUUUCAAACCUUUGGUUGAAAAAAGUGUGCCCAGUUCAAUCACUGCAGUAGAAUUCCUUGUAGAUAAACAAUUGGAUUUUUUAACUGAAGAUAGUGCCUUUCAGCUGUACCAGGACGACAUAGACAGCCUAAACCCAGUUCUCAGGGACAACGCGCAACUUCAGGAAGAAGUGAAAGUCUGGGUAAAGGAACAAAAAGUUCAGGAGAUUUUUAUGCAAGGUCCUUAUUCCUUGAAUGGAUACAGAGUGAGGGUAUAUAGACAAGAUUCUGCCACCCAGUGGUUUACUGGCAUAAUUACUCAUCAUGAUCUCCUCACUCGCACCAUGGUCGUUAUGAAUGAUCAGGUACUAGAACCACAGAAUGUCGAUCCUUCUAUGGUUCAAAUGACCUUUCUAGAUGAUGUUGUUCACUCUUUGUUAAAAGGUGAAAAUAUUGGCAUUACGUCACGGCGAAGGUCUCGUGCCAGUCAAAAUAGCAACACUGUUCACGGUCAUUAUACACGUGCUCAAGCAAAUAGUCCCAGACCAGCAAUGAACUCCCAAGCUGCUGUACCAAAACAGAAUUCACACCAGCAACAAAGAAAUAUUCGUCCAAAUAAGAGGAAGGGCUCAGAUAGCAGUAUACCAGAUGAAGAGAAAAUGAAGGAGGAAAAAUAUGAUUAUAUAGCACGAGGAGAAAAUCCUAAAGGUAAAAACAAACAGGUGAUGAACAAAAGAAGGAAACCUGAGGAGGAUGAAAAGAAACUAAAUAUGAAAAAACUACGAACUGACAAUGUUUCAGACUUUUCUGAGAGCAGUGACUCAGAAAAUUCAAAUAAGAGAAUGAUAAAUAAUUCCUCAGAGCAGAAGCCAGAAAAUGAGUUGAAAAAUAAAAAUACUUCAAAGAUAAAUGGAGAAGAAGGAAAAUCCCAGAAUAAUGAGAAGGCAGGAGAAGAGACACUAAUAGAUUGCCAGUCUUGCUGGGAUCAAAUACAGGAAGAUAAAAAACAUGAAGAAACAGAGAAGCAGAAGUCUGUUGACUCUCAUCUUCAAGAAAAAAUGAUUAUCCAUUCAUCAGAACAGGCCACACUUUCUGAUCAUGAUUCUAAUGAUUUGCUUCUUCAGGAAUGCAAUAAGGAAAAACUACAUACAGUGGAAUUAUUACCAAAGGAGAACUUUGUAUCCAGACCACCCACACCAAAAUGUGUUAUUGAUAUUACGAGUGACUCUAAUACUGAAAAGGUGGCUCAGGAAAACUCAAGUACCUUUGGCCCUCAGACACUUCAGAAAAUGGAUCCUAAUGUUAGUGAUUCAAAACAUUCAAUUGCAAAUGCAAAAUACUUGGAAACAGCAAAACAAGAUUCUGACCAGAGCUGGGUCAGUGAUGUGGUUAGAGUAGAUUUAACACAAUCAAAUAUUAGGAAUGCUUCUUCAGGAAGUGAUAACCUGAAUAUGGAAAAAGAGAAAAGUCAAUAUGUCUCUUACGUAUCUUCUCUGAGUACAGUUUCUGUCACAGAAGAUAAGCUGCAUAAGCGAAGUCCACCCCCAGAAACUAUAAAAUCUAAACUUAAUACUUCAUUAGAUGCUCACAAGACAAAAUCCAAUCCCUCACCUGAAGUUGUUAAACCUAAAAUUAACCAUUCUCCUGAUUCUGUAAAGCCUAAGGCCACUUAUGUGAACAGCCAAACUGCUGGUGAAAGAAGACUGGCAAAUAAGAUAGAUCAUGAGAUAUCAAGAUGCAGUUUUCAUCCAGUUCCUACUCGAGGCAGUACAUUAGAAACUACAAAGAGCCCUCUAAUCAUUGAUAAAAAUGAGCAUUUCACAGUUUACAGAGAUCCUGCACUUAUUGGAUCAGAAACAGGAGCUAAUCACAUUUCACCUUUCUUAAGCCAGCAUCCCUUUCCUCUUCACUCUUCAUCCCAUAGAACAUGUUUAAAUCCAGGUACCCAUCACCCUGCCUUAACUCCUGCACCCCAUUUACUGGCUGGAUCAUCCAGUCAAACUCCAUUACCUACCAUUAAUACUCACCCUCUGACUAGUGGUCCACACCAUUCUGUUCAUCAUCCUCAUUUACUUCCUACUGUGUUACCUGGAGUGCCUACUGCCUCCUUACUUGGUGGCCACCCACGACUAGAGACUGCACAUGCCAGCAGCUUGAGCCACUUAGCACUAGCCCACCAGCAACAGCAACAGUUAUUACAGCACCCAUCACCUCAUCUUCUUGGACAAGCCCAUCCUUCUGCUUCAUAUAAUCAGCUUGGACUUUAUCCAAUUAUUUGGCAAUAUCCAAAUGGAACACAUGCGUACUCAGGACUUGGUCUGCCACCUUCUAAGUGGGUUCACCCAGAAAAUGCAGUUAAUGCUGAAUCCUCAUUAAGGAGGAAUUCUCCCAGUCCUUGGUUACAUCAGCCUACACCUGUGACCUCAACAGAUGGUAUCGGAUUACUUAGUCACAUUCCUGUCAGACCUUCUAGUGCAGAGCCUCAUCGGCCUCUUAAAAUUACAGCACAUUCCAGUCCACCAUUGACAAAAAGUUUAGUAGAUCAUCAUAAAGAAGAAUUGGAGAGAAAAGCUUUUAUUGAACCAUUACGUUCUAUUGCAUCCACAUCAGCAAAAAAUGACCUGGAUCUAAAUAGGUCACAGACUGGAAAAGAUGGUCACUUGCAUAGGCAUUUUGUGGAUCCUGUAUUGAAUCAAUUACAGAGACCACCCCAGGAGACUGGAGAGAGAUUAAACAAAUAUAAGGAGGAACACCGUCGAAUUCUUCAAGAAAGUAUUGAUGUUGCUCCCUUUACAACUAAAAUCAAGGGGCUUGAGGGUGAGAGAGAUAAUUAUUCUAGAGCAGCAGCAUCGUCUUCUAGCCCUAAAAGCCAUGUCAUCAAACAAGACAAAGAUGUAGAAUGCUCAGUAUCUGAUCUUUAUAAAAUGAAGCACUCAGUGCCUCAGAGUUUACCCCAAAGUAACUAUUUCACUACAUUGUCUAAUAGCGUAGUCAACGAACCACCAAGAUCAUAUCCAUCCAAAGAGGUUUCAAAUAUUUACACUGAAAAACAGAGUAAUACCCUUGGAGCAGCAGCUAAUCCUCAAACUCUGACUUCAUUUAUAUCAUCUCUUUCAAAGCCUCCCCCUUUGAUUAAACACCAGCCAGAAAGUGAAGGUUUAGUAGGCAAAAUACCAGAGCAUCUUUCUCAUCAAAUUGCUUCUCACUCAGUAACAACUUUCAGAAGUGAUUGUAGGAGUCCUACUCAUCUGACAGUUUCUUCUACGAAUACACUCCGGAGUAUGCCUGCUUUACAUAGAGCACCGGUAUUUCACCCACCAAUCCAUCAUAGCCUGGAAAGAAAAGAAAGCAGCUAUAGUAGCCUUUCCCCUCCAACUUUAACUCCUGUGAUGCCUGUAAAUGCUGGUGGGAAAGUUCAAGAAUCACAAAAGCCUCCAACUCUGAUUCCUGAGCCAAAAGACACUCAGGCAAAUUUUAAGAGUUCUUCUGAACAGAGUUUGACAGAAAUGUGGAAAUCUAAUAAUAACCUCAGCAAAGAGAAAGCUGAAUGGCAUGUGGAGAAAAGCAGUGGAAAGUCACAGGCUGCUAUGGCAUCUGUCAUUGUACGUCCACCUUCUAGUACAAAAAUUGAUAGCAUGCCAGCAAUGCAGUUAGCUUCCAAAGAUCGAGUUAGUGAAAGAUCUUCAACUGGGGCAAAUCAAACAGAUUGCCUAAAACCAGCAGAAGCUGGAGAGACUGGAAGAAUGAUUCUGCCAAGUGUGAAUUCAGACAGUGCUCACAUAAAAUCUGAAAAAAACUUUCAGGCUGUCUCACAGGGCAGUGUUCCCAGUACAGUCAUGUCUGCUGUAAACACAAUGUGUAAUACCAAAACGGAUAUAUUCACAUCUGCUGCCACUACCACCAGUGUUUCCAGCUGGGGUGGUUCAGAAAUAAUUUACCCUUUAUCCAAUACCAUUUUGGCCUCUAAAUCCUUAGAAUGUACCUCUACAAAAAGUGUCAGUCAUUCAGUGACUCAAACACAAGAAUGCAGGGUCAGCACCACAGCUCCAGUUACACCAGCCAGUAGUAAGACAGGAAGUGUUGUUCAGACCAGCUCUGGGUUCUCAGGCACAACUGAUUUUAUCCAUUUGAAAAAGCACAAGGCAGCAUUGGCUGCAGCUCAGUAUAAAAGUAGUAAUGUCAGUGAGACCGAGCCUAAUGCUGCGAAAAAUCAGACAUCGUCAGCCUCCCCUCUCUUGGAUGGCACUGUGGUCUGUAGUACAAUAAACAAAGCAAACUCUGUAGGAAGUGGGCAAGCAUCCCAGACAAGUCAACCAAACUACCACACUAAACUGAAAAAGGCCUGGCUUACAAGACAUUCAGAAGAAGAUAAAAAUACUAAUAAAAUGGAAAAUUCAGGGAAUUCUGUAUCAGAAAUUAUUAAGCCAUGUUCUGUCAAUUUAAUAGCCUCUACAUCUAAUGAUAUACAAAGUAGUGUAGAUAGUAAGAUCAUAGUUGAUAAGUAUGUAAAAGAUGAUAAAGUCAAUAGGAGAAAAGCCAAAAGAACUUACGAAUCUGGCUCUGAAAGUGGAGAUUCAGAUGAAAGUGAAAGCAAAUCAGAGCAAAGGACUAAAAGGCAGCCUAAGCCAACUUACAAAAAGAAGCAGAAUGAUCUUCAGAAGAGAAAAGGUGAAAUAGAAGAAGAUUUAAAGCCCAAUGGUGUUCUCAGCAGGAGUGCCAAAGAAAAAAGUAAAUUGAAGUUGCAGAGCAGCAGUAAUAGUGCUGGCAUCCCUCGUUCAGUAUUAAAAGAUUGGCGUAAAGUCAAGAAGCUGAAGCAAACUGGGGAAUCCUUUUUACAGGAUGACUCUUGCUGUGAGAUAGGGCCUAAUUUGCAGAAGUGCCGAGAAUGUAGACUUAUUCGGAGUAAAAAGGGAGAAGAACCAGCUCAUUCACCAGUAUUUUGUAGAUUUUACUACUUUAGACGAUUAUCAUUUAGUAAAAAUGGAGUGGUUAGAAUAGAUGGCUUCUCUUCUCCUGACCAAUAUGAUGAUGAAGCUAUGAGUUUAUGGACACAUGAAAAUUAUGAAGAUGAUGAACUAGACAUAGAAACUUCAAAAUACAUCUUGGAUAUAAUAGGUGAUAAGUUCUGUCAGUUGGUAACGUCUGAAAAAACAGCUUUAUCCUGGGUGAAAAAGGAUGUCAAAAUUGCCUGGAAAAGAGCAGUGAGAGGAGUCCGGGAGAUGUGUGAUGCAUGUGAAGCAACAUUAUUUAACAUUCAUUGGGUCUGCCAAAAAUGUGGAUUUGUGGUCUGCUUAGAUUGUUACAAAGGAAAAGAAAGGAAGAGUUCUAGAGAUAAAGAACUAUAUGCUUGGAUGAAGUGUGUGAAGGGACAGCCUCAUGAUCACAAACAUUUAAUGCCAACUCAAAUUAUACCCGGUUCUGUUUUGACAGAUCUUCUAGAUGCGAUGCACACACUUAGAGAAAAAUAUGGUAUUAAAUCCCAUUGUCAUUGUACUAACACAGAGAAUAUACAAGUUGGAAAUUUUUCUGCUAUGAAUGGUGUGUCUCAAGUUUUACAGAAUGUUCUUAAUCACAGUAACAAAAUUUCUCUGUGCAUGCCUGAGUCUCAGCAGCAAAAUACCCCUCAGAAGUCUGAGAGUAAUGGCAACAGCAGCCCAGGGAGUGAUGUAAGCACAGACAGCAAGCUAACUCCUCCAGAAUCCCAGUCACCACUGCAUUGGUUAGCAGAUCUUGCAGAGCAAAAGGCUAGAGAGGAAAAAAAAAGAAAACAAAGAAUUUGCCCUUGAGAAGCAACUUAAAGAAGAAAGAGAACAAGACAACCCUGAUUCUCCAAAUAGCAGGACAUCACCUCCUGUGUCCCAGAAUAAUGAACAAGGCUCAAC